AUGAAGUAUAGAAGACACGCGAGCAGAGCUCUUUUUGUUGCGCUGCUAAUGGUUGCUAAGUCGCUUGCAGUGCUGGAGAACGUUAUGAUCGAGCCUGCAAUGUACCAGAGAGAUAGGUACAUAUCAGCAGACGAGUUCAAGCUAGUGAAAUAUCAAAAAGACAGUGAGCACAGAGAGUCAUAUGGAAAUAACCCGAAUGAGAUAAAUAACCCAAUUGACGUUGAGACCAUGGUCUUUACAAUGGAGGACAUGUCCAAACUAUAUGAUAAAAGUGGAAGUGAUGGAAAGCAAGCGCAGAUAUUUACAUUCCAGAACAAUGAGCAAGAGUACAUGACCGGCAUAAAAGGCCAGUAUGUAUCAAUGGGGGCAAAGCUUCCAAAUAACUCAAAUGCACAGCUGUGGCACUUGAUUUUUAUAAGAAAAGACAACCAGUAUAUGUUUAUGUCAAUGGCAGGCACAAAUAUGUGUUUAACAAUAGUCCCUAUGCAGGCAACAACCAACCCACACCAGCCAUCAGAAACAUACAUUGGGCUAAACCUAAAGCUAACCAAAUGUGAUCUCUUAAAGCCAGAGCAGAGAUAUGUAAUAAAGAAAAUUCACCCCAUAAAAGAUGACACUCCUGAAAUUGACGGAGCGUCUGGAAUGGAGGGUCUUGACACCAUAAACAAGCAGAACAUCGCCAUGAAUGACCAAAUGUCCCGAAAUAUGGUAACAAUUACUGAAAUGCUUCGUGCCAUGAGCCAGUCCUUAAUACACAUACAGGAAAAGCUAUUUGGCCACCCAACCACGCAAUUUCCUCCUGUGUUAUUAGAUACUGCAGGCAAUCCUGUGGCUCAUAAUGGAGUUUAUGUGAGUUAUCCAAAUACUCUAGAAGCACCUGCAAAUCAUAUGUAUGGUAAACAGCCACCUCUGUACGACCCAGCUGCAGGACAGCUUUCUCCCUGGAAAGCUCCAAAUAGCUACCCAGGCCAGCAGCCACCUCCAUACUCUGCACACCCUUCCCAGACAAACCCACUAGGUGAUGUGUCUACCUAUCCAAGCCAGCAGCCACCAUCAUAUAACAACAGUCUAGCAAGUCCUUUGAAUAGACCAGUAGGAGAAGUCCCUCCAUACUCAUCUCUUCCAUCGCAGAAUUCUUCAUUCGGAGGAGCACCUGCCUAUCCAGGAACGCAGCCACCGCCGUAUUCUGCGCUGCCAUCAUAUAACAGUGUGCCAGAGAACACUUUAAAUAGGCCAUUGGGAGAACAGCCUCCAUACUCUGGAGGCCCAGGAUAUGCACCAGCUAAGGGCAUGUAUGUUCCUUCUCCUACCCAGUCAUACAUUCCGCCUCCUAACUGGAAUUCAGCUGCGCCGUCUUUUCCACCUGCCAAUAACUCAGUUGAUAUGUACCCAAGAAACCCGAAACCAGGCAAUCCGACAGUGCAUUCCCUGAUUAAAUAG